CAUCUGGACGCAUGAUGGCGCUGUGAGAAAAACUUGGAGAAGUUUCUACAGUGUGGUUCUCGGGAUUGUUCAACAGCUCCGUGGAUUUCUGGUGUUUUUGGUUGGGUUUAUAAUUCUAAACACCGAAAUUAGUCAUCGUGUCCUGUUUAAGCACGGAAACCGGUGCCGUGUGAAGACGUUUGUGCAUCUAAAGUAAAGCUACAAGUUUAUCUGGAGAAUAAUAAUAAUAAUACAGCUAGCAGCUUUAGCCUAGCUGUGAUGAUGGAGGUCGGAGUCUCAAGGCAGGAGGACAUUAAGGAUCCUCUUCUCCUGCCCUCUGUGCGUCUCCUGGUGCCACCUGUGCGACUCAUGUCAGCAGUCCUGUGGCAGGCCAUGCAGCAGCAGGAUGUAAUGCAGUACGGGAUGCUUGCAGACUUUGUUUCGCUGGUUAUUGAAGCUGUACCAGAACUCUGCAGUUCUACGCAUGCAGUCCAGCUUGCUCUGGGUCUGCGAGCAAAGCUAAUUUUGGAGCUGUGCUGCAGGGCUGAAACAGUGGACACACAUUUGAUCCAGCUUCAUCUCAACAGCAUUCAUUUGGUCAAAAAUGUUGGCAGCACAGAGCUAGAAGAGACAGGAGUUCACUUUGUCCAAAUGGUUCACGCGAUAAUCGAAGACGCUGAGCAGAGAGAACGCUUCUUCCAGAAUGUGUUUCCAGUGGAGUUUGGACCUGGCUAUGACUCUGCCCUUCAGACACUUAUGUGGGACUUCCUGUCCAGACUGGAGCACUUCCUUCCAGUGCCAGACCUCCUUCAGACCGUGUCCUGGCUUAGAUCUGAGACUUCUGCUUUAAAAGACUGCGAGGAAUCCAUCAGCAACCCAGAUAGCUUGAGAUCACUGCUCCAUCACCAUCGGUGCCUUGGACAACUGGAUACUUGUGCCUCUUUGUCGUCACCUCAAGUUGGCGACUGCAUCCUGACUGCUCUGUCUGGCAAGAGAAACCAACUGGCUCAGAUGGACUCGGGUCUCGGUCCACCUGCUCCCACUGAGAUGCCCAUGUGUGUAAUGGACGGAACCGACGUGGAGACCGUCGUGGUCACAUCCGAAUGGACGGAGAUUGAAAUACACGCAAACCAGCAAACCGGAGAGGACAAAAGUGAGGACGGUGACGAUUCACCUCCGGCUGCUGUCUGCGAUCAGAGCGAGUCACGGACUCACAGAAACACAGAGGAAGGUGAAAUCCAGACUGGGAAGCACACUGACACUGAGAAUUGUUUCAGAGAGUCUACACUGAUCUAUAAUAAACAUGAUGAAUCUGUAAGUUGUACUCAAGACUGGACUGCAGAAACGGUACAGCAGGAAUGUAUGGCUAAGGAGAGACAGAGUCUGGCCUGCAGCACUACGCCUCCUCUGGAGUCUACGCUCACUGUACCUGUGACCGCCGAUGACGGAGCUGCCGCUUUUACAAUCCCCGCAGGGACCCGCAGAUCAGCUCGAAAGCCGAAGAAGACUUGGAAGCUGAAAUUGGUUCAUCUACAGAAACGAAACCCUGGUGUGGUAAACAGACAUAAGCAAGAGAGAACACCGCUUGCACCUAUGAGGAACUCGGGGAAGGUCACAGAGAUAGACAGAGAAUGUAUCAACUCAGAUAACAGGGACGUUGCUGAGCUGUCUGUAUCUCCUGGUCCUGCCACAAGUGAUGGAAAUACAGAGCUCUCGUCCAAAUCAUUCACCUGCCCUCACUGCCCGUUUACACACGUUCAGGAACGCUAUGUGAAAAGUCACAUGAAAAAGGUUCACCCGGUUUCGUCAUCGACCGAGAAAGAGCCUCACGUGUGCCAGGUGUGUGGCAAAGGAUACCGCUACCCGGGCAUGUUGAAGGCGCACGAGCGCAGCCACACAGGCGAGCAGCCCUUCCAGUGUACAGCUUCCCACUGUGGCCGCCGCUUCUCACACAUUCAAGCCCUGCGGCGCCAUCGUUUGAUACACAGUGGCAAAAAAAGUCCUCAAACCCCUGCUGGUGAGAGACUUCAGGAAGCUGAGCUUGAAAAAAGUGAACCUCAGGACGGUGAACCCUGGAUGUACACCUGCCUGUAUUGCAGCGAGAGCUUCAGUUCACACAGUGCUCGCCGUGAGCACCACAAGACGCAUCCCGAGGAAGAUCUGCAGCGCUGUAACGACUGUGGAAAGAGACUGAGCUGUCAGGCUGCGCUGAUCAGGCACAAGCGAGGCCACAUGGGUGAACGGCCACACAAAUGCCUGCUCUGCGGCUCCAGCUUCGUGUGCACCACCAGCUUCAAGCGCCACAUGCUCGUGCAUCAGCCUGAGAGGCCGUACCGCUGCAGCUGCGGUAAAGGCUUCACCUAUAAAGGCGCCCUGCUGUCCCAUCAGCGUACUCACACAGCCGAGAGACGCUACAGGUGCUCUCGCUGCAGCAGAUGCUUCCUUUACCCGGGAGAACUGAGAAAGCACGAAAGGACGCACUCGGACGAGAAGCCGUACCUGUGUCCGCACUGUGGCAAGAGUUUUAAGAGAGAGAGGAUCCUUCGUGCACACGUCGCCGGCCACACCGAAGACAAAAUCUUCAAAUGCUCCUUAUGCAACAAAACGUUUGCGUAUAAAGCGAGCCUGACCAGGCACGAGCUUACACACACAGGCGAGAGGCCUUUCCUUUGCUCAGACUGUGGCAAAACCUUCUUUUCGUUCGGGGAGCUGCUGAAACACCAGCGCUACCACACGGGGAUCAAGCCGUUCCAGUGCUCACACUGUGACAAGAGCUUCACACAGGCUUGCUACCUGCAGCUGCACACCAGGUACCACACGGGGGUUCGACCCUACACCUGCCCCCAGUGCAGCAAAAGCUUCUUCACUUCUUGCCGUCUUAAGAGACACAUGCAGAUCCACACCGAUGAGAAGCCGUUCGAGUGCAAGGAGUGCGGCAAGAGGUUUAGGCAGGCCUACGUGCUGAAAGUGCAUUGGCGCACACAUUUGGAGAAAGAACUGAGGGUUUAAUGGAAGACACUUUUUUGUUUUGAGUGGUGUUUUUUUUUUUGGAAUUAAUAAUAACAAACCCAGCUACCUUUUGAUAGAUUUUCAUUUUAAAACAAGCACUU